UAGGAAAGAAAUAAUGAAUUGAAAAAAAAUGAAAUUAAUUAUUAAUAUGAACUGGAUUAUAGUGAACGGUGGAUGGAGUAGCUACGGUCCCUGGAGUAAAUUUAAGGAGUGUACAGUGACUUGCGGGGGUGGUGACAAAACAAGGUACAGAUACAGAGAAUGCAACAACCCCAAACCACAACAUGGCGGACGAAGUUGUUCCGGGAAUUCUGUGUUGUCGCACACAACGCCGUGCAAUACAAGUCCUUGUGCAGUUUCAUCCGUUGGAAAUGAAACUGUCCAUCCCACAAACGAGACGGAAAAUGAUAGUUUUGCAUCACAAGAAAAUGAGUUUGACAGUUCUGGUUCUGGGAAUGAAACUGUCAUCAGCAAUACAAAUCAAACAUCUGGUGAUUCCCAACCCAAUCAAGUCACCAUUGGUAGUACGAUCACGGAAACGCCUGAUGAUAGGGAAUCAACCACACCAAUGGCGGAAUGGAGCACCAAAAACGAGAAUCAAUCAGAGGAAUAGAUCUUGUACAUGAAAAUAUCUCCAGAAUUGAUCAGAUUAAAAUUUAUCCUGUUUAUUUAAAAA